AAAAAUAAUAUUAUUAAAUAAUAAUAUGUUAAUCAUAUUACGAAAAUAAAUUAAAUUACUAAUUUAGUUUUAUUUUUAUAUAUUCAUAUUUCAUAUUGAAAAUAUGAAUAUUGAAAUAUUGAUUUGAAUGAUUGAUCAAUUUGUUUUGUCGGCCAAUUUUUAUUUACACAUGUGACUCGUAUGAUCAUGAUUUUUGAAACGGAAAUCAAAGUCUCUUGGCUUUUUCUCAUGAACAGAUUUAGAAAUAUAUUGAUUCUUAAAAUUUUAAUAAACCACUGCUUCGUCUGGUGUCUAUAAUAUAAAUACUAAUUUUCUACCAGAUUGAAAAUUUUUGAUGUUAAAAUCUGGAAUUUAUAGAUCCAAUGUCACAUUCAGUAAAAAUUUAUGAUACAUGUAUAGGGUGUACUCAAUGUGUACGAGCCUGCCCCACAGACGUAUUGGAAAUGAUACCUUGGGACGGAUGUAAAGCUAAGCAAAUUGCUUCCGCACCAAGAACCGAGGACUGUGUGGGUUGUAAGAGAUGUGAAUCCGCCUGCCCCACGGAUUUUUUGAGUGUCCGUGUUUAUUUAUCAUAUGAAACAACUCGCAGCAUGGGUCUAGGUUAUUGAUACGUUACAAAAAAAUCCACUUGAAUCAAUUGAUUCCUCUUUACCGACAAAAGCCCGUACUCGAGAAAAUAUAUUAUUCUAUUCCGAGCACGGGUUUUUCUGGUCAAACGUAUCUUGUCUUUAUCACGAGUUAUUUUCCUUGGUUAACAAUACUUGUUGUUUUGCCGAUAUCCGUCGGUUCUUCCAUUUUCUUUCUUCCUCAUAAAGGAAAUAAGAUGUUUAGGUGGUAUGCUAUAUGUAUAUGCUCGUUGGAACUCCUUCUAACAACCUAUGUUUUCUGUUAUCAUUUCCAAUUGGACGAUCCAUUAACCCAAUUGGAGGAAGAUUUAAAAUGGAUAGAUGUUUUUGAUUUUCACUGGAGACUGGGAAUCGAUGGGCUUUCCAUAGGACCUAUUUUACUGACAGGAUUUAUCACCACUUUAGCUACCUUAGCGGCUUGGCCAGUUACUCGAAAUUCGCGAUUGUUCUAUUUUCUCAUGUUAGCAAUGUACAGCGGUCAAAUAGGAUUAUUUUCUUCUAGAGACCUUUUACUUUUUUUCAUGCUGUGGGAGUUAGAAUUAAUUCCUGUUUAUUUACUUUUAUCCAUGUGGGGGGGAAAGAAACGUCUCUACUCGGCCACAAAGUUUAUUUUGUACACUGCGGGGGGCUCCAUUUUUCUCUUAAUAGGAGUUCUAGGUAUGGGUUUAUAUGGCCCUAAUGAACCCACAUUAGAUUUUUCAAAAUUAACUAAUCAAUCAUAUCCUGUGGCAUUGGAAAUAAUAUUAUAUUUUGGAUUCCUUAUUGCUUAUGCUGUCAAAUCGCCGAUUAUACCCCUACAUACGUGGUUACCAGAUACCCAUGGAGAAGCACAUUACAGUACAUGUAUGCUUCUAGCUGGAAUCUUAUUAAAAAUGGGCGCAUAUGGACUUAUUCGGAUCAAUAUGGAAUUAUUACCCCACGCUCAUUCUAUAUUUUCUCCCUGGUUGGUAAUAGUGGGAACGAUUCAAAUAAUCUAUGCAGCUUCAACCUCUCUCGGUCAACGGAAUUUAAAAAAAAGAAUAGCCUAUUCCUCUGUAUCUCACAUGGGUUUCACAAUUAUAGGAAUUGGUUCUAUAACCGGAAUGGGACUCAACGGUGCCAUUUUACAAAUACUCUCUCAUGGAUUUAUUGGUGCUGCGCUUUUUUUCUUGGCAGGAACGAGUUGUGAUAGAAUACGUCUUGUUUAUCUCGACGAAAUGGGGGGGGUAUCGAUCCCAAUGCCAAAACUAUUUACCAUGUUCAGUAGUUUUUCGAUGGCUUCUCUUGCAUUGCCAGGAAUGAGUGGUUUUGUUGCGGAAUUAUUAGUAUUUUUUGGAAUAAUUACUAGUCCAAAAUACCUUUUAAUGCCAAAAAUGCUAAUUACUUUUGUAAUGGCAAUUGGAAUGAUAUUAACUCCUAUUUAUUUAUUAUCUAUGUUACGUCAGAUGUUCUAUGGAUACAAGCUAUUCAAUGUUCCAAACUCUAAUUUUGCGGAUUCUGGACCACGAGAACUAUUUGUUUCAAUCUGUAUCUUUCUACCCGUAAUAGGUAUUGGUAUUUAUCCGGAUUUCGUUCUCUCGCUAUCAGUUGACAGGGUGCAAGCUAUCCUAUCUAAUUACUUUCAUCGAUAGUCUUUCAUUAAUAAUACGGAAAUAUAAUUUUUGUCUUUGAUUUUAAGAUUUUUAAAAUCGUUCGCUGUACAAUGCAAAAGAAUAAAGUGAAUUAGAAUUGUAAUGAGAUGCAUUUUGAGUUUUUGAGAACCGUUUUGAAUAAGGAAUGAUUCAAACGGUUCUCAAAAACUCGCACAAACAAGAAGCUUUUUAUAUAUAUAUGGGAUGAUGUUCUUAUGUAUUCUUUAUGUAGUUUAUUCAAUUAUUUAUCUGUGUAGUUUAUUCAAGUAGAUGUUAAUGUGAAUGAACCAUAACUAUGUAGACCUAUUCCUAAUAGAUUGAUUCCAAAAUAACAUACCCAAAUUAUAAGAAAUCCUAUAGAAGCCACAAGUGCCGAAUUCAUACUUUGCAAACUUUGAUUUGUUCUACUUCUAAUAUGUAUUCUAGUUCUAGUAUGUAAAUAAAUCGCGAAUAUGGUCCAAGUAAUAAAAGCCCAAGUUUCUUGGGGUCCCAAUUCCAAUAAGAUCCCCAUGCCUCAUUAGCCCAUACUGCUCCACAAAGAAUGCCUAUGGUUAAAAAGGUAAAUCCUAAACUAAUGACACGAUAACUCCAAUAAUCCAAACGUUGAGUCAAUUGAUAUUUAUAAUAAUUUCGAAAUGAAAGAAAAGAAGUGUUUUUAAAAACACUUCUUUUUUCAUUCAAAUAUUGAAUCUCACCAAAGAAAAAUGGUUUAAUUAAGAAAUUAUUACCUUUACAAAAAAUAUCGAUGUUUUUUCGAAAUGUAAUGACUAGAAGAGCGACUGAUAAUAGUGAUCCGCAUAAAAGAGCUGCAUAGCUUAAUAACAUCAUACUUACGUGCAUCAUUAACCACUGAGAUUGUAGAGCAGGUACUAAUAUUGCGGAUUGAUGCAUUUCAGUUAAAAAACCCGACGUGGCAAAGCCCUUGUGUAAAAAUGGUACUUGGUGCGGUUAUUGUGCUUAAAUCAUUUUUAUGGUUCCCCAUCUUGGAAAUCAUAUGAAUAAUGGAGAAACUGCACGAAAGGAAGAUUAAUGACUCGUAUAAAUUACUUAACGGAAAAUGUCCUGAAGAAAUCCAACGAGAAACUAAUAAUCCUGUUAUAGAGAAAAAAGUGGCUAUCAUCCCUUUUUCCAAUGAAUCACGCAAUCCUACGAUUUCGCGGACUAAUAAGAUCAUUAAAUGAAUCGUAAUCACAAUUGAAAUUAUCGAAAAAGAGAUAUGAGUUAAUAUAUGUUCUAAAGUUGUAAAUAUCAUAAAAAGGGGUCCCAUUAGAGAAUUUAAAUCGAGAAUUGAAUACAUUAUAGGAUCCAUUGUGUCUCUUUUAGAGGAUUUAUUUUCUAGGAUUUCAAGGAUGCCGCCACUCGGACUCGAACCGAGAUGCUCUAGCACUGCUUCCUAAGAGCAGCGUGUCUACCAAUUUCACCAUGGCGGCUUACUUGAAAUAAUAAUAGUCAAUUCAUGUUGAAUCGUCGAGAAUCAAGGAUUCAAUAUAGUUUAGUAAACAUUAGAAUCGAUAAAUCAAAAUUCAUUUAAAUUCCUAUUUGAAUCUCUAUUCAAAAAAAGAAUCUUUAGUUGGGAUCAUUGUAAGUUUAGUUUUAAUAAUAAAGUAAGUUUAGUUUUAGUAAGUUUAGUUUUAAUAAUAAACUUUCGCGUACUAGAAACUAAGUUCUUCCAAAACAGUUAGAACUCAAUAGUUUUGUUGUCUGUCGAGGUAUAGAACUAAGAAUUGUUCAUUUUCUAUUUUUUGAUUCGUUUUUUUAUUUAUCCGAUUUGAUUUCAUAGAUUCAAACAAAAUGAAAAAAAAAAUAUUUUUUUUUUCAAUGAAGAAGAUUAAAUAACCAGGAUUUCAUAUGUAUAACAAUUUCAUCACUAAAUCAAAAGAAUUUGAAAUUUUCUAACGAUUUCGACACCUUAGUAUCAUUCCUUAGUAUCAUUAGAGUAUUAAUACUCUUCAUAUUAUAUAUAAUGGUCUCUUCAUUAUAUAUAUAAUGCAUAAUGGUAAGAUUUACCAAACUAAUUAGGUUUUUGUUAGGCAUAUAAGAAACAAAAGAAUUUUCAUUUCUAUCGUAAUCAUACUCUACUUUUCACAAUAGAAAAAUAUUUUUCUAUUGUGAAAAAAGUAGAUAGAAAAAAUAUUCAGAAUUCGAUAUACAUACCUUUAUUCUACAUACCACAUCUACAUACUACAACAGCUAGUUCUAACUCAUAUUGAUAUUGAGGAGUUCAAUACAUUAAUUAAUGUGAAUCGUUCAUCUUAAAAAAUUCGAAGUUCUUCGGGUAUGUCAAUUCCGAUUAUUCCAAGACUUUAUUAUUUGUUUGUUGCACAAAAAAACUUUUUGAACGUCCGGUGGAAACCGAUUUCGCUAAGGAAAAAGCCUUUACUGCAGCUAAAAAUCCUUUUUUUUUCCAAAUAUUUUUACGAAUACGUUUUUUUGACAUAGAAGUACGCUUUUUGGGAACUGCCAUUCAAAAAGGGUUACCAGUUUUUAUCGUUGUAUGUGAAAGACAUGUAUUGUUUUGUUCAAAAUAGAUUGUUCCUUUUAGUCAUUAUCUAUACUUAUUCCCUGGUAGAAUAGUUUUAAAAAAAGCAUUUUCGAAUAUGUUUAAAACCUAUUAAAAAAUAUAUUUAAAACCUAUUAAAAAAAUAUAUUUAAAA